UCGGGUCAGGGGUAGGAGCCUGCGGGAACGGGGUCCAGCUGUGGUCACCUGGUCACCGCUGCUGGAGGUGGCCCCCCCCCCCCCACGGGUGGAUGGGGGCGAGGUGGGGUGGUGCUGGGAGCCCAGCGUGGGAAGCAGCGGGGGCCUGAUCCAGGUGUGCGGCUUGGGGGUGAGUGAAGGUCUCCAGCGUCCCCGCUGGCAUUGGCCGCGUGGAGAGUGAGAUAAGGGGACCUUGGCCCCGGGGUGACUUGCGGGGGGAGCCACAUCCUGGGGCUGGAGAUUGGGGAGCAGCUUGGCUGGCUGGCCACCCCACGGAAAGCGGCAUGGCUGGGGGGGGCGCUGUCCACUAGCCAGUCCCUCUAGAGGAACCGUGGCCACCAGCCGUCUCCCAAGAGGGACCCUGCCUUGUCCCCCAGUUGGGAGCCAGCGUCCCUGCUGUGCCACAUCGCGGUGCAGCUGCAGGAUGGACAGAUGUGGCCGUUCCCAGGCAGGAAGGGGCGAUGCGAUAAGAUGGGGCAAUAGGGCUGGGGACCCCCCCGCCGCUUCCCUCCCCAGCAUGGGACAGUCACCACAUGUCGGUGGCAGGAUUGGUGACGCCAAGGUCCCCGGCGGCGGCGGGCGCUAUAAGAGGGGUGAGCAGCCCCAGCGCAGCACCUUGGGACGGCGCAACCAUGCUGGGGGCUGUGUGUCUCGCCGUGCUGCUGGGCUACGCCUACGGAUGCGGUCAGCCGGCCGUGCCGCCGCUGCUGGGCACCCGGGUGGUGGGUGGCGAAGAUGCCCGUGCCCACAGCUGGCCCUGGCAGAUCUCGCUGCAGUACAGCAGGUACGGGGCUUGGCACCACACGUGCGGCGGGACCCUCAUCGCCUCCAACUGGGUGCUGACGGCUGCCCACUGCAUCAGCUCUAGCUUGAACUACCGCGUGGUGCUGGGCAAGCAGGUCCUGUCGGAGGAGGACGAGGCGGGCUCGCUGGCCGUGGGCGUGGAUAAGAUCAUCGUGCACGAGAACUGGAACUCCUUCUUCAUCAUCAACGACAUCGCCCUGAUCAAGCUGGCGCAGGAGGUGGAGGUGAGCGAGACCAUCCAGCCCGCCUGCCUGCCGCCCGCCGGCCUGACGCUGGAGAACAACUACCCCUGCUACAUCACCGGCUGGGGACGCAUCAGGACGAACGGGCCCCUGGCCGACGUCCUGCAGCAAGCCCUGCUGCCCGUGGUGGACUAUGAGACCUGCUCCCAGCGGGACUGGUGGGGCAGCAAUGUGCGCCCCACCAUGGUCUGCGCCGGCGGGGACGGCACCGUCUCCGGCUGUAACGGGGAUUCGGGUGGCCCCCUGAACUGCCAGCGCGAUGGGCUGUGGGAGGUGGACGGCAUCGUCAGCUUCGGCUCCGCGCUGGGCUGCAACACCCACAAGAAGCCGACGGUCUUCACGCGGGUGUCUGCCUACAUCGACUGGAUCAACGAGAAAAUAAGCGCGAACUGAGGCGGCAGCGCGUGGUGUGGAAAGUCUGGAGCGGGAUAAAGGCGAAAGUGUUGAGCCGGCCUCCUGUGUCCUGCUGGUUAUUUUUUUUGGCGAGGACGGGGACGGCGGGGGGGACACACACACGUGGCAGAAGCAGG